UAAAAAAAACAACAUGGCAGACAAGGGGAGCUUCAGCUUCUUUCUCUCAGUUUGUGUGGUCAGUUGCCUGGUGGUCAAUGCAGACUACACGGCUUCUGCCACGGUGGGCCAGCUGUUUGUGUAUGAGCUGCAAAGAGAGGUUUUCCAGAGCGAGUUCAGAACCUUCCAGACUGACUUCAUACCCUACCUCACACACUAUGGUCCAAUUAAUAUUCAUCCAAUGGCAUUCAAGUGCAGCAAGGAGAUGUAUCCAGACCUGCCACGCUGGCUCCGUUUCACCCAGAGGGAAACAUCUGAAAAUGGCUUCCUCUACGGUACCCCUCUGGAAGAGGACGUAGGCAGGAACACCAUCGAGCUGGUAAUUGUUAACAAACAGACGUACGACACCUUCAAAGAUAGGCUGGUAAUAACAGUUACAUCACCAGGGAAAUUCAUGCCCUAUCAAGCUGAAUUCUUUAUGCCACUUAGAGAGAUAGAAAUUGUGCUGCCCUCUACUGUCCGGGAAGACAUAAUGAGGGAUGUCCAGGAUAUGUGGGGAACUGAAAAUCUGGAAUUCGUCAACAUCACUUCUGCGUUGGACAGGGGUGGACGUGUUCCCCUCCCACUAUUGGGACACUUUGAGGGGGUCUACGUGAAAGUGGGCACAGACCAGUACUUCUCCGAGUGUUUGCUGAGGCUCCAGAGUUCGGGACACAGGCAGCAGUGUGAGGCGACAGGCACGAGUAAGGAGGACUGCUCCGUGUGCUGGGAUAAAAGCAACUGCGUCAACUGGUGCAAGUCUGUCCUGUUUGACCUCUCCAUACCCGUGAUCCCCACCCCGGCCCCUACCCCCGGGUCAGGGAUCCUGGACGCGGACGACUUCUACGACCCUCCCGACUCCCUUCCGAGCCGCGAGUUCUGGGCGGACUAUUUGGUGACGGUGAUUGUGCCCUUGGUGCUGGCCCUAAUCCUGUGUCUCAUCCUCACCUACAUCAUGUGCUGCCGGCGAGAGGGCGUGGAGAAGCGAGAUGCGAAGACUCCAGAAAUUCAGCUUUACCAUCAACGCACCAUCCACAACAACAGUGAUGAGCUGCGGGAAAUGGCAGGGGGGCGUGUGGUCCCCCCGCCUCUGUCUACUCUGCCCAUGUUCAACGCCCACACUGGAGAGAGGAUGCCCCCCCUGCAGAGGCCCUUUGGCGCGGACAGCUCCCAAAUCCCCCUCAUCAUGGCACAGGAAGAACCAAAUACUGAUACACUACCCAGAUAAAAAACACCUAUGAAGGACAAGACUGAACAAGUGGCAGUUUCCAAUAUAGAGUAAAGAUUCUCCCAUGGCGUUCUCCCUUCUGUCCUGGUUAUAUCCUCAUUAAGCCCUAUACAUUUCUUAAUUAAGAACUUUUGAUUUAGCCAUAAUUGCUUUUCUCAAAUGUGGUUCACCUAUCAGUACCACCAACCUGGACAACCUAAUGCUAAUACAAUUAUUUAGUUAAUUGGUAACAAGUAAACUUAAAAACACACAUCAAGUUCAUGUUGUGACGUAAGUAAAGUUUAAAUAGAUUUUUUUUUUUCAUUAGAAAUGCAUUAUGGUUAGGAUAAACCUUUAGUCAAACAAGUCUGCAAGUAGGCUACAGUGCCUUCAGAAAGUACUCACCCACCUUGAAUUUUUUCUAAUUUUUACGUUUCACAUUUCUAUUUUACAUUUCUCUUCCAUUGUAGUGCAUGUCACCAUACAUUUUAAAUGCAUUUUGAAAUAUAUUUAGAAUACUAUUUAGAAAUAUGUUUGAUGAAUGCACAGAAAAAUAAUUGAAAAUAUAUUUAUCAUACAUUUCUAGACAUGUAUUUGAACAUAUGAAUUACAUUAAGUACAUUAAAAUGUAUUUGAAAUGUAUUUAUUUUCUGUAGGGGAUCGUACAGCUCAAAUAGGAGAGAGCGCCGUCUUCUUUUUCUGAAUGAAUACCCCUUUAAAGCGUAUUGGUAUUGCAUUAGGCUCCUAAACAAUGGAACAUUUAUACAAAAUUAUUCUAACACUCCAGGAACCAGCGAUUCUAACUCAUAUUCCGCGAGAUAAUAGCCCAUCUAUCCGUAAGACUAGCCUAACUAUCUAGUGGCUGCCGACAGCACUUGUUUUAAAUGAAAUGUUUCUUAAAAUAUGAACGUGAGACACUAAUUCCACUAACGUUAUUAGCCUAUAAUUUCCUUUAACCGUGAAUAAAUAUCGCUGCAGAUAUGAAACUAUCCGAAAGACUGAAAAUAACUGAUUCGUUUGACUUACCGUAGCCUACUUUAAAUGAAAGAAAAUAAUCAACUUCCCACAGCCGCGUAAAACGGAACUUUAACUGUGAAAAAUAUGUACAAUAUGUACAGCAGCAAAAUGGGUGGAUAUAUUUUUUCUCUGACUAAAACAAUCUGUUUUCUUCCGAGGACCGCGAAUCUCUUUCCGAACAGAAAAGCAGGCUAGACGCUCUCCCCUCAGUUCAACGCAUGAAACCCUUUUCAGUAGGUAGAAGCCGUUGACGUCACCAUGUGUAGACAAACAAAACAAACAAACGGUGCUUUGUUUGACACCAAUAUAUAGCUAUGUAGCCUAAAUUAGACGAGGAAAGGAAGAAAAGUGUUCAGAUGUAACAGCAUAUUCGACUAGGAACGUUUCCUCUUAACUGUAAGUUUAAAAUAAAGGUGGUAAUGGCUUGUCUUCUGGCCGAAAGAUUUUAGACUGUACACCCUUGAUUAAGGGGUACUUCACUUCUUUCACUGUUUUUAUAUUAUGUGUGCAGCCUUUUGUUUUAAAUUAUAUAUUUGUUUUAAAAGUUAAUGUUUCUUAAUUAGGCACUUUACAUGUUUUGAAUGACCAUUUACCAUCUUAAACAUUAUUUUAUACAUUUCAUGUCAGAAAUAGCUAUGCAUGCCAAUGAAACAUAUUAACACAAUGCUGGUUGACUCGUUAUCUGUAGCUUUGUCUUUGAAUUCUUCAUUAUCUACCAAAUGGUUUGUUUUAGUGGCCACGUGUCCACAGUCUCACCACUUUCUAUUUGUAAUUGUUUUCAAUAUGACACAAUGUGAAUAUUGGAUAUAUUAUUUCUCAUGGCAUGUGUAGCUAUUUGUGACAUAAUGCAUCUUAAGAGGAUAAAUAAUCACUCUAAACAUGAAAAGAGUAAUUAAGAAAAUGUUUAACUUGUUAACAUUCUGGAAUUGCAAUUGUUUUUGGAAUUAAAUCCAGUAUACACAGGGGGUUCGCAGGACUGAACUCGAAAAACACUAGUCCAGUGGUCUCCAACCCUGGUCCUGGAGAACUACUGGGUAGCUCGCUGUUAAGACCCAGGUCAGGUGAGGUAACUGUAAUCAACUGCUCUAAUUAAUUCAUAAAGUGCAGAGUGACAAUGAAAACCAGCAGAUCCAGUUGCUGCCCAGGGUUGGAGACCAGGGACCAGAGUUGAAGACCACUGCACGAGUCCAGGGGUGCAUAAAUCCGGCCCUGGAGGGCCGGUCUGCGAGCUGGUUUUUGUUUCAACCAAUAAUCUCAAUUUAUUUUCCUGACAGUACUAGAAAUGAUGUUUGUUCACUCCUGUACUUAAGCACUGUACAAUCUUUAGAAUACACUUGAAGUCUGCAGCUGUAGCUGGUGCAUAUACAAAUGUCUGAUCAAGAUAUUAUUUAGCUAAUUAAAUAAUUAGAGCAGAAGUUGGCACAAAAUCCUGAAGCAGAUCGGCACUUGCUGUGCACCCCUGCACUAGUCUAAAGCACGGAAAUAUGCUUAAUGUAGCCUAACUCCAAAACAGCUUGUACAGAGAUGUUGCUUCAGCAGGCAGUACAUAGUAAUUUCAUAGAAUUUAUUCAUAAUUAUAAAUAUGAUGUUUUUAUAUUGUGCUGGUUCUUCUUUCCUUGGGUGCAGUGACCUCGUGUUGCAUGCGUCAUAGGAAAUAUUAAUGAUCAUAAGAUUGAAUGUAAUUUCUGAAGAAUAAUCAGGUAAUAUGUACACCUACAACCUCUGGAGGCAUAGUGACGCUGUACGAACGAUACACAGGACUUCCUUGAAGUGUAUUGUCUUGCUUUAGUUCAGGGGUGCCCAAUCAUGUGCCAUGUAGGGCAGAAAGUAUGUUUUGUAUACCUCCAGAUGAACUGUCCAUUAAAUAGUGAUUACACUGCUA